AUGCCGCCAAAACGAGAUAAUGACCGACAAGAUGCUCAUUUGGAAGACUUGGAUCGAAGAACGGAUGAUCUAGGGUUUCAAAUUGAUCGGGUUGAUCGUAGGGUUGAAGGUCUCGCAGAGGGGAUCGAUGAGAUUCGGGAAGCUAUGCGGAUGAUGAUGGCGCAAGGGACGGCGGACCGUGACCCAGCAGGCCGGGCGGGUCGCGGCGGGGCUCGAGGCAGACGCGGCGGAAGGGGCUUCGACGGGGCGCACUGUCGACGCUCGCCACCUUCGUCUCCUGGCCAUGACAGCAACGACGAGACACAGCCGGAUAUCAACCCCUUCGGUGACCGACGUGUCCGCUGGGACGACGACGACCGUGGCGAGGACAACGAGGAUGACGAAAAUAACAAUCAACCACCAAAUUUGCAAAAUGAUCCUCCAAAUACUCGAAAUCUCAUAACGGUCCUCAGCAUCGACGGCGGAGGCAUACGAGGUAUUAUCCCGGGAGUUCUGCUCGCGUAUUUAGAAUCCCAGCUCCAGGAGCUGGAUGGUGAAAGCGUGCGAAUUGCAGACUAUUUCGAUGUAAUUGCAGGGACGAGCACCGGAGGGCUGGUGACGUGUAUGCUGACGGCGCCUGAAAAAAUUACUAACAGACCGCUUUAUGCCGCCAAGGAUUUAGUUCCUUUCUAUUUGGAACACUCGCCUAACAUUUUUCCUCAGCCCAGGGACCCAUUUACAGGUUUGAUGAGUAAGGUGAAGGGCUUUAUAGGGCCAAAAUACAAUGGAAAGUAUCUCCACGCUCUAACAAGACAAAUGCUGGGCAACACAAGGUUGCAUGAGACCUUAACCAAUGUUGUCAUUACAUCAUUUGAUAUCAAGAAACUUCAACCAGCCAUUUUUAGCUCUUAUACGGCGCCAAAGGACUCUGCAAUGGAUGCUCUGUUAUCAGAUAUAUGCAUCAGCACCUCAGCUGCACCAACUUUCCUCCCUCCUCACUAUUUUGAGAACAAAGGGACAAAAUUCGAUCUUGUAGAUGGUGGUGUUGUUGCAAAUAACCCGACAUUGGUGGCUAUAUCAGAGGUGACUAGAGAGACUUAUAACAAGAAUCCUGAUUUUUUCCCAAUAGAGCCCAUGGAUUAUGGUCGUUUUCUUGUGAUUUCGCUUGGUACGGGUGCUAGGAAAAACGAGGAAAGAUACGAUGCGAAACGCGCUGGGCAGUGGGGCGUUUUCGGGUGGCUGUACGUAACACCGAGUCCAUUGCUAAGGGCUUAUAAUCAGGCAAAUGUGGACAUGGUCGACUUUCACAAUGCCGUGGUGUUUCAAGCUCUUCGUUCACAACACAAUUAUCUUCGCAUCCAAGAUGACACAUUAACUGGGAAGCUCGCUAACAUGGACAUUGCAACAAAUGCAAACUUGAAAAAUCUAGUUAAGGUUGGUGAAGAGCUCUUGGAAAAACCAGUUUCAAGAGUUAAUUGUCAAACAGGAGCUUAUGAACCUAUUGAGAAUGGUGGGACUAACAUGGAAGCACUUAAAAGGUUUGCUAAAUUACUGUCCGAUGAAAGAAAAUUGCGGCUUUCCAACUUUAACUCUGUCUGA